AUGCUACUUUCUGUGAAGGAACUAUAUGAAACAACAGGUAUUUUAAUUCGUCGUGUUGACUUAUCAGAAGCUCAAGCAGGAAAAGAUCUCUGCGACCGUAAGGUAGCUGUCAUAAAGGGUGAAAUUCGAAGAUACGUCGAUGAAAAGCAUGACUGCACUACAAGUGCAGAAUUUGUUGCAGCUGUAAAAUCAACACAAUAUCUGACGAUUCUGUCAUGCGUAUUACCAACAUCAAAACAAACGACCAAAAAGAUUAAAUGGGGUGGUAUUAAAAAUUAUAGCAACAUUGAAUUCAUUCCAAAGAAUAAUACAGUAUUCAAUAUAAGAUCAACAGCAAUAGCACUGCCCGCUUCAGCUUCUGCUUCAUCAUCUUUGCCCAUAACAGGUACACCAUCAUUUGUAUCAUCAUCACAAUCAUUUACAAUAUCAAUAGCAUCAUCUUUAUCAAGAACAUCAUUAACAACAACAGCCAAUAUUUUCAAUCAAUUACCAAUAGAACUCGAAAUAAAAGUUAUUUCACUUGAUAAUGAUUCAUCCCAUUUAUCAAAUGCUUGA